AUGCUGGGCACCCCUCGUGAGCAUCACGCGAAGAGCGAGGAAUGGCAGGUGCUCGGCGGCAAAGCUGGGGGUGCACAUGCCGAGAUGAUGAUCAACACAGACGGUUCACGCAUAUUGAAGCCGUUGGAUCAAGGGGCGAGGUGUUCCAGCGAGAUUGCAGCUUAUCGAAGCCUUGCUUGUUCGCCCCUGGCACCGUUUCUCUGCGGCUUCCACGGCACUCGGAAAGUUGAAGGUGCAGAGUACAUGGAGCUGAACAGUGCCUACUUCGGCAUGACAGGGCCAACCGCCACACUGGACAUCAAGAUUGGCAAGAAGACUUGGGAGGACCAGGCAGACCCCGCCAAGAUUGCGAAGGAGUCCAAGAAGUUUGAUGAGAUCUAUUCCGCAAGCAGUGCUAUGGAUGGCUUCAGAGUGGCAGGAAUGAAGGCGGGGGACCUGGUGCUAAACUCGACCAACUUGAAGGCACGAUUCAGCCUGAAAACGAAGGAGUUCGGAGACUGGCUGCUCCCCGCAUUCCUGGCCUCAGCACCCGGCUUCGGACCUUUGCCGGAGGGCAUGGCCGGCCUGUGCCGCCCAGAUAGCCGAGGUUGCGAAGUUGACAUGAGAGCGGCUGCGGAGAUCCUCGGGAAGCUGAAAGCGAUCAGCACGGCGGCAGAGCAGGGCUUCGGCGGAACUCUGAGAGCAGCCAGCCUUCUCCUAACUCGUGAAAUGAGACAUGGAGGCCGAUGGCAAGUCCAUCUUAUAGAUCUGGCACACUACACAGAGACUGCCGAGAAACGGGACGACAACUUCUGCGAUGGUUUGCAGAAUUUGAUCCGGACAUGGGAAGAGUGGUGCGCGGUAGAUGUGCCACAGUCCUGGUUCACUGUUUGCUGCAUUACGCGCAAAUGUGAUCGCUCCAAGGCGAUAUUCGAUGUCGGAGUCGAAGUGCAUCCCAGCGGUUUUUGGUUUUCCCAUUCCAAAUUAGUUAUGGCGCGCGUGCUCAGCGCCCUUGCCACCGGCAUGGGCUACUCGGCGGUGCAAGAUGCCUUGCAGCCCUGCUUGCUGACUGACAAGUAUAUGCUCGGUGCCACGAAUUUUGUUGAGCACUAUGCCACUGAGUUCCACGCGACUGAUUCGCAGAAGGAUUUUGUCAAAGCUGCCAUGUAUGGCGGGGCCAUCCUUGGCAUGCUCGUCAUGGGUCCAGCUUCUGACUAUAUCGGUCGCCGCAUGGGCCUCAUCGGCUGUUCCGUUAUCACCCUUAUUGGCGCCUUGCUUUCAGCUCUUGCCUGGAGUGAGAAUGCCCUGAUUAUAGCGCGCAUCAUUACUGGGAUUGGCAUGGGGGGUGAGUACCCACUGGCCUCAUCGCAUUCGGCUGAGUCAUCGGAGAAGACCAGCGACGGUGCCCGCAACGUGGCCUUGCUUUACCUGUUCGGAAGCGGCUUUGGCCAAGCACUCUGCCCGCUGGUGACCUACACCAUGGACGUCGCCGGCGUCCCGCAUGAGACAUUGUGGCGGUGCAUCUUCGGAGUGGGUGUUAUUCUUUCGGCCUUGGGCUUGGUUUUGCGAUACCUGACCAUCCAGGACAGCCUGAAGUUUGUGCAAUCGAAGGAGGCAGAAGAGAAGCAUCACGACACCACCUGGACCAUCCUAUCACCGUACUGGAGGGCGAUAUUGGGCACUGCCGGAUGCUGGUUCCUCUUUGACACCGUCGAAUAUGGUCUGAAGCAGAACGAUGCGGCGAUUUUCAACUCGGACGGCAGUGGCCCCUACACGGAUAGUAUUCUCGAGGUGUUGUGGAGUCGCCUUCUCGUCAUCCCAUCGUUGAUAUUUGCCCCAUGGUUCCUGACGAAGACCUCCAGCAAACGUGUCCAAUUUGUCGGUUUCCUUGGAUGUGCGAUUGCCAACCUCGUCCUGGCAGUAGCUUUCAAACAGUUGCGAGAGUUACCUGCUCUAUUCUUCACCUUCUACAUCGUGCAGCUCUCCUUCCAGAGCUUGCCUGGGGUCACGACCAUGGCGAUCUCUGCAGAGAUCUACCCUAGCAUGGUCCGUGGCACUGGUGCCGGCAUUAGCGCAGCUUUCGGAAAGCUUGGUGCCACCGUUGGCUCCUACUGCUUCUCGGAGCUCAAAAAUUUGGGCUACAUCAGUGGGAUUUUCUGGACUGUGUUUGCGGCUUCCUCCCUGGCCAUGCUCCUCACGGCGAUAAGCAUUCCGUACUACAACGGCAACACCCUCGAUGAAGCUGAUGCGCUUGCUCGAGAUGGGAACCCAAAGAGAGCCGUGAAAGUCCUCUUCAGUGGCCCGCUGAAGCAUGACGGGACGAAGUCAGCUGGAUACGAGUCGGAUGACUGGACCAGCGAGGAGGAAAGCAGCUGA